CGCCGGCGCGGCUGAAGCUAGUCUCGACAAGGCUUAGCGCAGAAAAUGCCCCUGCCGAAAUUGCGUCAAACUCCAACUGCCAAUCUGCCGUCUUGAUUAUCCACAGGUCUCCUCCACAAUCCACACUGCAACGACAAGGCUGAUCGACCGACAUUGUGCAGCUAGACGACCGCUUUCGAAGUUAGGGCACUCUUUGCAGUGUAUUCACGCCUGGUCCGUCCUCACAACCGAAAAUCCGACACCCCGAAUGCUUCAAGAACCUGUUCUUGACUCAGUCGUCUCGUGCACCUGCCUUGAGAUGAUCCAUUAAGGCGCCAUCGAGCCCGACAGUAGCCUGUCAAGAUGGUUCAACCUUCGACACCAGGGGGCUUCCACGCCUCCAUUUUUGGGGGACCUAGUGCAUCUAUUUCCAAUGCGGAGUCGGGAAACAGUGCAUCUCACGACCCGACGACAUUAUCAGCAGCCGGUACUGUUGUUGCAAUGUCCACAGAUGGCACCAACACUCCCACUGGGGUACCCACCCCCGGAUCUGCUACAUCAUCAAACAACACAUACAUAUUACCGAGCUCGCCAGCCAAGAAUCGAAUCGCCGCCGGUGGAUACCGUCCCAAGGUCACGCGCACGAGGGGACAGAGACCCGCAUGUCUUGUCAACGCUUCCGUCACGUAUUGCGGUAACAACCAGAUCUUUGCCUUUGGAGGGUUCGAUCGAUAUACGGACGAGGUCUAUAAUCAUGUUCUCAAGUUGGACUUGACAAGCCACCAGUGGUCGCUUGUUGACAACUACGGCGAUAUACCAGGGGUUCGGAUGGGUCAUACCGCAACACUGUAUCAGGGCGACAAGUUGCUGGUGUUCGGCGGCGAGAACGAACAUCGCACGUACUUGGCAGACCUGAUCAUGUUCGACCUGAAAACCGCGCACUGGACACAGCCGGCAGUUACUGGUCCCAUACCCCAGGGUCGCGCAAGGCACGCCGCUAUCCUGCACGAGGACAAGCUCUUUAUUAUCGGUGGCAUCACUGGCCAGAACAACUACGUGCUCGAUGACAUUUGCUUUCUCGAUUUGAAGACAUUCACCUGGUCCAAGUCAUGGAGGUUCGUGGGGCGGUUUGAUCAUUCUGCCUAUGUGUGGGCGGACAGGAUCUGGGUGUUCGGUGGGCUGAGCGAGGACAUGGACAAGGUCAGCGAUCUCUGGUGGCUGGACCUGAAAGGAAGCCCUGAAUUCGACUCGCGCCCACAUGUCGGGGUGUUUGAUCGCAGCUCAUCCAACAACCGUACUCUAGGCCAUGCCUCUCGACCACCGUACACCAGCAUGGCGCCUGCGUCCUCGACAAGCACUAGUGGCUAUGCCGCCAACUCUCGCACCGCACAGGUCAAUCCGCCUUCAUUCCAGAUCAAGUCCUAUGCCCCUGUGGCACCUGGCUCUAUCUCUUCUGUCAAGUUCAUCUCUGGCCCGGCAGUGCCCUCACAAGGGUCAGGCAUUCACUACCAUGCAUACUCGUCAGGAUGUUUACUGGACUUUGUCACUCCUGCGGCAACAAUUACACCGCGAGAGUGCUCACUGUCUUCCCUAGAUCUCAAUACUAUGCGAUGGCAGAAGCUUGCAGAGGGGCAUGAAAUCUUCCGGCCCGAUUAUAGGUGGCAAUACUGCACCAUCAAUGAUGACGGGACCAAAGCCUGGCUACUUGGAUGUCCAACCGAUCCAGGAACCAACGGAUACGAGGAGUACUUGAGCGAUAUCAUGGAGGUUGACCUUCGCAAAUAUGGUUUCCUGGGAAACAAUAUGGCUCCAGAACCACGUGCAGCCGCGAGGCCCUCAGCCACUGUGCGGCCCAGCGACCAACCGUCAAAGGGGUUGGGCGGUGAUCUGGCUAAACUCUUCGACCAGCCACCUGAAUCUGGGAGCGGUACAGAUUUUGUCGUGACGGCACUGGCUGCCGACGUAGACGAAGACGGCCUCGAUUCUGGUUCGAAAGAACACGACGACAUGUCGCAAGACCCGAAUUGGCUGGCUCCGGAUGCACCUACGUCUCGACCCAUUCACGUUCAUAAACUCAUUUUGCUAGCACGCUGGCCACAUUUCGCACGCCUCUACAAUGCGCAGAUGGCUGAGUUUCACACAAAGAAGAUGCACAUCCCGGAGCCCUAUUCGGUUGUCAAGGCAUUCCUCUACUACCUGUACACGGACUCCAUUCAAGGCACCCCCGACGCCAGGGAAAGUGACGGCAGAACCGCCCUGACCGACGUGGCUGGUCUGCUCGUCAUGUCCAACAUCUACAAUAUUCCUCACUUGCGUCUUCUUUGUGUCAACAGGCUGGCACGCGAGCUUGACGUGGAGCACGCAUGUGUGAUCUGGCUCUGUGCUGGCCUUGCGUCAGAGGAAUGGCUGAGGAAGCGCGCUUGCACCUUCUGCUUCACUCAUUGGGGCCGCAUCGUCCGUACGCAAGGCUUUCUCAACCUCCCGCGCAGUGCCUUGGUAGAGCUCUCCCAGGAGAUUGAUAUGGAAGGCCGCAUCGUCGGAGGUGAAGAGCUCGAGUGGGGGGGCAUGGGCCCAGGGGAGAUGCAAGCCCCUCGCAAGGAGAGUGUGUCGAGCAAUCAGACACAAACGAUGGAGUCGGAGGCUGAGGAUGAUGAGGGUAUGGAAAUGAAUUAACUGAGCACAAGGACGGCGAUGGCGCAUCGGCGAGGAUUGAUCUUCUUAGUCCGCUCCUCAUGUAUCUUUUGGGGUGUUUUCGGGUUUGGCAUUGCGAGGUGUUGGGGGCACUGGCUGUCUAGUGUAAUUAGUUUAUAUGCGAUAGUAUUGUUCCUUGUUAGCUAGCCGUGCAGGCAGUCAAGAUUGCAAUUCUCGCAUCGGCCAAGGUUGGAAGAACGUGACGCUCGUAACGCUUUAGAGUCUAUCGGCAGUAACGACUAAUCUAUAGAGAAACCUUUCAACCUUUGCAUGUCGACGAGUGAAGCCAAGACAUAGGAAUACAUCGCCAUAUGCGUACGUACGUACGUUGUACAAUCUUUGACACAGAGUGUAGCGAC